AUAUUAUAAUUUUCAUAAUUCAUAUUUUUCAGAAUUCAGAUAUAUACAAUGGAGUCGACGAAUCACGAAUUAAUACAAUGUACGCUAAUAUUUAAAGGCACUCGUUAAUUGAUAAAUAGUUAUUUUUCAAAAUAAACAAAGUAUAUUUUGAUUUACGCCUCUGAAGUAAUCUAAAUUAGCUAAACUUUAGAAAACCAGUGUAAGAGUGUAUUACAAUUACCAGUGUAAUAUCGUUAUUUUCUCAUUGCGUCAAACGUGUACCAGAAACCAUGGGCGUCUUUUGUGUUAUGAAUCAUAAGGUUAGGGGUUAGUGGUAUGUGUAAUUAGGUAGUUGAUUCGUGUACGAUAGCGUCGGGCGUUGACUUCUCUGAUAGGAAUCCGGUAGUGAGUAAUCGAUGGAAACAUGAUUGAGAGUGUAUCGCGCCGUGCAUUUAGUAGUUCCAGUGGUACAUACAACGUGCGAGCAUCCGAGCUCGCGAGAGAACGAAAGCUAAAUAUUUUCAAUGUCACUGUGCUGUUUUUGGAUGACACCCAACAAUCCUUUCAAAUCGAGAAAAAAGCUAAGGGUAGCACUCUUCUUGAACUAGUCUUUCAACACCUAGAUCUAAUUGAAAAGGAUUAUUUUGGAUUACAAUUUACUGAGAAUGGUUCACCACCUAGUGCAACAAAUACUGAAAUAACACGCUGGUUGGAUAGCAGUAAAUCGGUAAAGAAACAAGUUGGUGUCAAUGCUCAGUUCUGGCUUUCUGUAAGGUUUUACCCUCCAGAACCGUGCAGACUUGCCGAGGAGUUCACAAGAUAUUUACUCUGUCUACAAUUGAGAAAGUUAUUGCUUGAUGGUCGCAUGAUAGCGCCGAGAAACACCGCUCUUCUACUCGCUUCCUUUACUGUGCAAGCGGAAUUAGGGGAUUACAAUACGACAGAGCACACAAACAGUUAUCUCUCAGAACUGUGCCUUAUUCCCAAACAAAGUGCGGAAGACGAACGGCGUAUACGCGAGUUGCAUAAACUGCACAAAGGCCAGUCACCAGCAGAUGCUGAGGCAAACUUUUUAGAGCACGCAAAGAGGCUUGAUUGCUAUGGUGUGGAGUCCCACCCGGCUAAGGAUUAUAGCGGAAAGGAUAUACUUAUUGGAGUGACCUCUAUCGGCAUUGUGGUCUUUCAAAAUAAUAUUCGAGUCAACACGUUCUCUUGGAGUAAAAUUGUCAAGAUUUCCUUCAAGAAGAAACAGUUUUUCAUACAACUGAAGCGGGAAUCAUCUGAAUCCUACGACACGGUAUUAGGAUUCAAUAUGCGUUCUGGACGCGCGGCGAAGGCCCUCUGGCGAUGCAGCGUGGAGCGCCAUGGCUUCUUCAGGCUCAGAGCUCCACGGCGCAGGCCCCUUUUGGGAGCUCUAGGGGCUCUAGCUGGGGUCACAGCCCCAACUGUAGCUAGGACUGAGACGCAAGCGCUUGAAGAUGCGAGGCGUUCUAGAUCGAGUAAUCGGAGUUUUGUUAGACGUAGCAGUUCUCGUAAUCGUGACCGUUCAGCGGGCGAAUCUCCCGCGUUGGUUGUGACCUCAUCAGCUAGAGGGUCUAAGGUCACGGGUCACGGGGAACCACCGCCGAGACAGGCCUGGAGUGACGCACCGCCAUUGGAGAAUGAAGACAGCGAUGGAGGAUUCCUGGAGCGAUCUCUAGCACUCCGCGUUCCGCUGUCAUAUGUCGACGAAUCGGAAUCGGAAUCGGCCGCGGAACCCGAACAGGACAAUGAAGCUGUCUGUGUCCGGCUCAGUGCUGGACCGGAUGGCCGAUUCGGAUUCAAUGUCCGCGGCGGAGGGAAUAAUACGCCAGUGCUGGUUUCGAGGGUAGCGCCAAGGACGAGAGCGCAUUUGCAGGAAGGAGAUCAGGUGAUUUCAAUAAACGGCAAAGAUGUCGAUGAAAUGACUCAUGAUCAAGUGGUGCAAAUGAUUCGAAAUACCAAGGGUGUUCUGACAUUGUUGGUGAAACCUAACGCGGUCUACGAACCCGAAGAGACGGGUCCAGAGGAACCGGCGGUAUGUUUCGUCCCACUCGGUUCAGGUCAAUUCGAGGGAGAUGCACUGGAACAGUCCAUGCUCUUGCUGGGAGAUGGCUUGGCGAGUGGAGCGGCCUUGCGGCAGUACGAGACGUUGUUACGGAGAUUGCCUGAAGAGUCUGCGGUCGCCAAGUUACCGAGUAAUGUUAACAAGAAUCGGUAUAGGGAUAUCGCUCCUUAUGAUUCCACUCGAGUGAUAUUAAAAAAUGGGCCCACAGGAGAUUAUAUAAAUGCUUCAUUUAUUAAUAUGGAGAUCCCGAACUCAGAUCUUGUACUCACAUACAUUGCCACUCAAGGUCCUCUAGCCUCGACAGUUGGAGACUUUUGGCAAAUGGUUUGGGAAAGCGAGAGCAGUCUGAUAGUGAUGCUGACGGUUCUGGCGGAGCGCGGUAGAGCCAAGUGCCACCAAUAUUGGCCCAAAGUUGGGACCAACCCACUCAAGACUAGCAACACGUUGACCGUACAAACGAAUUGCGAACAGAAUCUUGGACAUUAUAUCAGACGGGAAUUGGUUUUGAAGGACAAUGGUGGCGCGAGUCGUGCAAUAACCCAGUUACAGUACACGGCAUGGCCGGACCAUGGAGUACCAGAGGACUCCGCUGCCUUCAUUGACUUCACCCGGCUCUGUUCGCAGCUCAGAAACCAUCGAGCUGUAAUACCAACCGUAGUGGAAGAAAUGACGGAAGAAGAGCGUAUACUGGAACCGCCAAUGAUCGUCCAUUGUUCCGCGGGCGUGGGUCGGACGGGCGCGCUCAUAUUGGCCGAAACUGCGUUGGAGCUCGUUGCGAGACGACAGCCUUUAUACCCUCUGGAUCUGGUUAGGACCAUGAGGACCCAACGGCCGAUGUGUAUACAGAAUGCGAGUCAAUACAAAUUCGUUUGUGAGAGCAUUCAAGCAGCGUACUCCCAGGGUCUGAAUCAGGAUAACUGAUAGCUGCUACUCCACCCUUCGAGGGACCCUUAUUUACGCAUACUCAUGUAUGGUAUCAGCCUUAUAAGGACACUGUGUUGUAUGGACCUUAGGUGACGUCACACGUGACGCAAAUUUACGUACCAGGUUACCGUCAAAGCAAGACUGAUACUUUUGUGCAUUGUAAAAUAUACUUUAAUACGAAAAUUCAAAUUGACCAAAUCUUAAUAUAUGAACGGAAAUAGACGGGAAUUUACUAUUUGUCACAAUACGGUCAUAGAUUGGAUUUUUUUUUCUAAUUAUCCCGUCCUGGAUACAAGUCCUUUGGCCGAAAUUUAAAAGUCUCUUCCGUCUGUUGUUUGUGGCAAUUUUUACCAAAAAAAUUUACAAGUAUUGUAGAUAUUUGGUUAUAAUUUCGCGUUUAAUUCGAUAGUGUUAAUUAAAAUGUUAUCAUAUCGAAUCUGUCAUUUUUGAAUUGUUUUUUAAAGUUUUGACAUUAAUUAUGCACAAUGUUUUUUGGAAGUCUUGUUCACAGCGCACAUUAUGAUGCAAUUUUUAAUGCACAUGAAUGAAUAUACCCUCAUUUUUAAAAACUUUAUUUAAUCAUCGUUAAUAAUAUUACUUUUGCCUCGAAAGUGAAAUUCGUAAGUACCCUCAAUUCUAGAUUUUCAAAAAUUAUUUAAACUGAAACCGUGUUAUGGUGGUAUUUAAACGAACUUAUGGUUAAGUUGAUAUUUUUCCUAAAAAAAAACGGAAAUUGUAUUUUUAAUCUCCGGAAAUCGAACCUAAUAUCUUAUGAUGUACAUAAACACUUGUAACGACUUAUUUUAGUCGUGUUUAUCUCAAAAGUUGUUUAAAAGUUCACUGUAUAGAAAUUAUUAAUGAAUCAAAUUGAUUUACGUUAUCUCGAAUCAAAAGUACAUAUCAAUAAGAAUUAGGAUUAGGAAUUUAUUUAUUUGAUAUUUUUUUUAAUGUACCCACAUCGAAACUACCCUCAAUUUUGUAACUUUUUCUAAAGCUCUCUUAAAUACGUAUGAGUAAGUAUUUAGUUAUUAACUUCGAUUACAGUUUUUGGAAACUUUUUAUUCGCUUUUAUGUAAAUAGAGUAAAAAAUACUGUUUUAACUGAUUGAAACGCGACGGCGUGUUAGUUAGUCAGUUAAAACAGUAUUUGAUUAGUUUAACGCGAAUAUCACAUAUUGGAGUUAAAUGAUUUGCACAUUGAAACAUGUUCUAUAUAAAAUACGUGUUUUAAACGGGUAAUUUCAUUUAAACCCGUAGUUCUUGCCUUAACGAAUUUAUCGCAGUUUUGUUCGUAGUGCCAUUUUAACUUAGACAUAUCUAAGCCCGUAUUUCGGAUAUUUCAAAAUCUAGUCUUGACAUAACAAGCCCUUUAUCCUGUUUGAACUAGACUCGUGACACCAGACACACUCUUGACAUAUUUAAUUUUUUUUUUUGCCUCAAUAGUUUUUUUUUAAUUUAUGCCAAUAGUUCGCCUCAAUAGUUUCUCUGUUAAACGGUGAGUACACUGUGGCGUCCAAGAUGUCUAGAAGCAAGUUGAACGUUCCGAUAUACGGCCCGUAUUCUAGUAACUGUACCAGUAUUACUUAAGUUUCUAAGCGAAAUUUUUAUUUCACUGUAAUUUUAUUAUUAUUUUUUUAUUUGACUCCAAUUGAGAUAAGUGAGAAUGUAAAACGAAAGACGAAACGAUAUCGUCUAUCUGUCGUUCGUCCAAUGAUAUCACUCCCCCUUAUUUAUAAUCUCUGGUACGCUUAAGUUCUAAACGAUAAAUUUAUUUUUGAACGAAUUUUUUGUGCUCAUAUUUUAUUAUACAGUUGUUUUGGAUUAUAUUUUUGUUACUAUUUAUUUCAUUAUAUACUUUAUUUUCUCAACGAUAUGUAUAUAUUUUAAAUAUACUAAAAACAUUUACUAACAAUAGUUUUUAUGUAUCCCUUCAUAAAGCUAUAGCGUACAUGGUGUACGUAUUCCGUACGUAUACGAUCUGACAAUAACAUAGUUUUACGAUGAGUAAGUAUUAAACACCGCAUGAUUUUGUAUGAAAUUUGUAAUGUUUAGUCCAUAACGGGCGCCGUAAGUUUAUAUAAUAUACACGAUUAAAACCGUUUUUCCUGUAGAGCACAAAAUGUAUGUUUGUCCCAUAGUGCAAAAUUCGCACGCCCACGUACACAUACUAAGUAUACGCGUAUACGUACGCACACGUUUUAUCUCUGCCGUUUUACUAAGAACACUGCGAUAUUUGCGUAUUUUACUUCAGUAUUUUACCAAAUUGCUGCUAUAAUUACAAUAAAAUAUGUGAAUUUAAUUUUUUUUAUAUCGCCUUUGGUAUAUUGCAAUACUAACAAUUUUCAUACAAAUACAUUUAGUGUAACUUUUUCCAACUCCGUUGAAUUGGCCUUUUUGCGUUGAUUAUUAACACCAUUGUAAAUUGUGUGACUGAUGUAGUUUUAAGCAGGUAUUUAUAACUGCGCGUACGUUGGCAAGUUAGUGAGAUGUUAACACCCGUGGACAUUGCAAAAUCUUGCCAAAUUACGGGCCAGUAAUCACGUAAAUUUCGCUAAUUAUCCCUUUAGCAAUAUACAGCGUGACUUUUCUAUCAAAAAUUAAAAAAAAUUAAGUAUAUUGUAAUACUUGAAAAGUGUUUUCAUAGACAGAUCAAAUGUUUUUAGUCUGGAACAAGUAGUAAUGGUAUUUCUUAAAUCAUUUAUACUUAUUAAAGUGUAUUUUAAAAAUAUUUACGAUCUCUUACUCUGCAUACCUUUUCUUGGUCUUAAAAUCUCCAGGGAUUUGAAAACAUUGAAACUGACAUGUUUGUUAUGUAAUUUAUGGAGUAUUAGCGAAAUUUACGUUAUUUAGUCAAAAAUAUUUCUACCUUGUGAUGUCUGAAGUGCUGUGCGGGUUUUCUGUGAAAAAAAAUAAAGAAAAUUUACUGAU